AUGGCCGCCUCUUCCAGAAUCCCCCCUCUCAUCCAGCCGUUCGUCAGUGAGCGCGCAAGGAAGACGUUAGAUAUUAUUGAAGAGUUCGUUGAGAAAGAAUGUAUCCCAGCAGACACCCUCUUCCAGGCCCAAUUAGGCGAAGGAGAAGCCAGAUUCACCAAACAUCCUCCAGUCAUAGAAGAGCUCAAGACCAAGGCUAGGAAGCUUGGUCUAUGGAAUAUGUUCCUACCAAAGAACCACUUCAAGGAGGGCGCAGGUUUCAGCAACGUGGAAUAUGGGCUGAUGGCAGAGAUACUAGGAAAGAGUAGAGUUGCUAGCGAGGCUACCAACAAUGCUGCUCCUGACACUGGCAACAUGGAAGUUUUGGCCAAGUACGGAAACGAGGCUCAGAAGAGAGAAUGGCUAGACCCCUUGCUUGAAGGAAAGAUCCGUUCUGGGUUCUUAAUGACUGAGCCAGAUAUUGCUUCGAGUGAUGCCACAAACAUUCGGCUUAACAUCCGUCGUGAGGGAAAUGAAUAUGUUCUUAAUGGAGAGAAAUGGUGGUCCUCUGGUGUUGGUGACCCACGGUGCAAACUGUACCUUGUCAUGGGAAAGACUGACCCCAACAACUCGGACCCCUACAGGCAGCAAUCGGUUAUCCUAGUCCCUGCUGGAACUCCAGGCGUCACGAUACACAGAAUGCUGCAUGUUUAUGGCUUUGAUGACGCCCCCCAUGGUCACGGACAGGUCUCUUUCAAGAACGUCCGCGUACCAGUCUCUAACAUGGUCCUCGGCGAAGGUCGUGGCUUCGAAAUCAUCCAGGGCCGCCUUGGACCAGGCCGUAUCCAUCACGCCAUGCGCGCAAUUGGUGCUGCCGAACGUGCCCUCGAAUGGAUGAUUGCCCGUGCCAACGAUGAGAAGAAGAAGCCCUUCGGCACUCCCCUCUCUGCUCAUGGUGUUAUUCUUGAAUGGAUCGCCAAGUCGCGCCUCGAAAUCGAUUCGGCUCGUCUGAUUGUCCUCAAUGCUGCUGCUCGUAUUGACGGUGCAGAUGCAAAGGCUGCUCUUAAGGAAAUUGCCGAGGCCAAGGUUCUUGCACCCCAGGUAGCCCUCGCCGUCAUCGACCGUGCCGUACAGGCCCACGGCGCCAUGGGAGUCUGUCAGGAUACUCCUCUGGCCAACAUGUGGGCGAAUAUCCGCACCCUGAGAAUUGCAGAUGGUCCAGACGAGGUUCAUCUCCAGCAGAUGGGCAAGCGUGAAAACAAGCAGAGAAAGGAUGCCGCAAUGGCUAAGAUCAAGGCCCAAAAGGCCGAAGCUGACAGGUUAUUGAAUGUCAAUGGAUUUGGUGCCCUCAAGGGUCGUUUGUAG